AAAAAUAAAAAAACGGGCGGAAGUUGUCAAAGAAGAAGGGUUACACCAACAAUGGGUUUAAUCAUGCCGGUCCAGCAUUUUUGGAGUGCAAAUUCCGUGGUGAAAGGGACAGGUGAACAAGAGUGGAAAGAGAGAGAGAGAGAGAGAGAUCGAUCUAAAUGUAAGGGGGUUGUGUUGUUUGUUUCUGUUUGCUGCAAUUUUUUACACCACAUUUCUCUCACACACCCACACUCACGCUCUCUUUCUCUCACUUUCUCUUUCUUUCUGCCUUAUUUUCCCUUUUUUGCUUCAAUACCGUUCAAAGCCCUCACUCUUUUUUUGCCAUUCCUCCAAUAGCCCAAACUAUGUUUCGAACAUCGUCUGUAACUCGUCAUUUGCGCGUGACACCUCGCAACUUCCAACAGCGCAAGGCUUCCACCAUCGCCUUGAAAGACUUAGAGACGCGCUGGUCGACAAUGUCGGCCUCUGAGCAAAACACUGUAGCCAAGCAGCUGGAAGAAGCUCAAAAGGGUGACUGGAAAGUUCUUUCCAGUGAGGAUAAAAAGGCUGCCUAUUAUAUCGCGUUUGGCCCACAUGGUCCUCGUGAGCCCAUUACUCAUCCUGGUCAUGGAGGUAAGGUGUUUGCCGGCGUAGGUGCUCUGUUGGCUACAUCGGGCGUGCUCUUUUGGACGAUUCGUGCGAACGGCGAGGAAACGCCUCACACCCUCAGCAAGGAGUGGGAGCAGGCUACGAAUGAGUACCUCAGAAGCCAGAACUCCAACCCCAUCACUGGUAUCUCGUCGGAAGGAUACAAGGGCAAAGGCUAUGUCCGUUAAAGCUUUGUUGUUGCAUC